AUGAUUCCUCUUGAUGUCAUUAUUGGAAUAGACUUUUUGCAACAAACUCGAUUUACAUUUGAUAAAGAUGUUCAACAUAUCAUUACUCCUCACAACCCACACGAAGUUAAAACUGCUAAGGAAGAUUUUCAGAAAAUAACAGAAAGUGAAAAUCAGUUGAAGAAAACAAGUAAGGAAAAUAAUGAUGAUGCACAUGACGAUUCAGAAUUGGAUUUAGAUGAUGACACUUUGAUGGGUUUGGAUUUGGAUGAUCACGAUGACAAAGAUGAUGCUGAUACCAAUCAUGGAGCUCAUGACGAUGAUGUUGAUGAAGACGGUGAUGACGAAGACGAAGAUAUGGAUCAAGAUCAUGAUAUUGAUGAUGACGACAAUCAUAACACUAAUGAUGCUGAUGAUGAUGAUGGCACUCAUGAAGCUAAUGAAGAUGAUGUUAAUGAUGUUGAUCAAGAUGACGUUGCUGUUGUUGAUGAAGAUCGUGUCAACGAAGAUGAUGUUGAUGUCAACGAAGGUGAUGUUGAUGACAACGAAGAUGAUGUUGAUGACAGUCAUGAAGCUAAUUGUGAUGAUGAUGUCGAUAAUGAUCCAAAAGUGCAGAAUACUGCAGAAACUGUGAAACAUGAACUGAAUCAAUUUGAACACGCAUGUGCUGAUCAAGCAAACGAGAAAACACCUAAAACACCUGCUAAAAGUGCAGAAAUUCCCAAAGAACAGAAAAAUAAUCUAAGGAAACAACUUGUCUCUGACAUUCCAGUUGAAGUUUUUGAGGCAAAAAAGAAUGCUGAAAUAUUUGGAAGAAAAAUUACUGUUUCAUACACUUUAUCCGCUUCACACCCAAAGAUACGCAAGAAGAGAGCCUGA